UGUUGCUAUACUUUCAUCAUGCACUCACUUAGAUAAUAAGCUCGCCGGCGCUCUGAACACAGUCGGGGCUGUUGACUCUUUAACCUCUUUGUGUUUACAGUAAAUAAACUCCGAGAGGCGGCGGCAGACUGCGGUGACAGCUGGGAACUUUUGUUUUGAGGGGCGACCCCUCGGCUCUUAUUUGUACCGGGGAGCAGAGCAGCCUAGAGCCCGCUGGGCUGACCGCGGUGCCGCGAUGGGAAACCGGGGGAUGGAAGACUUAAUUCCCCUCAUCAACAAACUCCAGGACGCCUUCAGCUCCAUCGGCCAGAGCUGCAACUUGGACCUGCCGCAGAUAGCGGUCGUCGGCGGCCAGAGCGCAGGGAAGAGCUCCGUGUUGGAGAAUUUCGUCGGGAGGGACUUCCUGCCCAGAGGAUCUGGCAUCGUAACCCGUCGUCCUCUCAUCCUCCAGCUGGUUAACAGUAAAGUAGAGUAUGCCGAGUUCCUGCACUGUAAGGGACGGAAAUUUGUGGACUUUGACGAGGUCCGUCUGGAGAUCGAAGCAGAGACUGACCGGAUCACCGGAUCCAACAAGGGCAUCUCCUCCAUGCCCAUCAACCUCCGUGUCUACUCUCCUAAUGUGCUGAAUCUGACCCUGAUCGACCUGCCCGGGAUGACCAAAGUGGCCGUGGGGGACCAGCCUUUGGACAUCGAGCACCAGAUCAGGGAGAUGCUGAUGCAGUUCAUCACCAAGGAUACCUGUCUGAUUCUGGCCGUCACCCCGGCCAACAUGGACCUGGCCAACUCCGACGCCCUCAAGAUCUCCAAGGAGGUGGACCCUCAAGGUCUCCGGACCAUCGGUGUGAUCACCAAGCUGGACCUGAUGGACGAGGGGACGGACGCACGGGACAUCCUGGAAAACAAACUGCUGCCGCUCCGCAGAGGUUACAUCGGCGUGGUGAACCGCAGUCAGAAGGACAUCGAUGGAAAGAAAGACAUUGGCGCUGCUUUGGCUGCUGAGAGGAAGUUCUUCCUGUCCCACCCUGCGUACCGACACAUUGCCGAACGCAUGGGCACGCCACACCUGCAGAAGACCCUCAAUCAGCAACUUACCAACCACAUUCGUGACACGUUGCCAGGGUUACGCAGUAAGCUGCAAAGCCAGCUGUUAUCGCUGGAGAAGGAGGUGGAGGAGUUCAAGAACUUCCGACCCGAUGACCCCACGCGCAAGACCAAGGCCUUGCUCCAGUCAGUACACACACGCACCGACACACACAGUCACGCAAACACGUUAGAACAAGAAGUUAUGACAUUAUUUUCUGUUUACUUCCUUCCUGCAAUGUGUAGGAUGGUGCAGCAGUUUGGAGUGGACUUUGAGAAGUGCAUCGAGGGAUCUGGGGAUCAGGUGGACACCUCCAACUUGUCAGGUGGAGCAAAGAUCAACCGCAUCUUCCAUGAGCGCUUUCCCUUCGAGCUUGUGAAGAUGGAGUUUGAUGAGAAGGAGCUGAGGAGAGAGAUCAGUUACGCCAUCAAGAACAUUCACGGAGUCAGGACAGGCCUGUUCACCCCAGACUUGGCAUUUGAGGCCAUAGUGAAAAAGCAGAUCAUUAAGCUGAAAGAGCCCUGUCUGAAAUGCAUCGACCUGGUCAUCCAGGAGCUCAUCAACACAUUCAGACAGUGCACUAAUAAGCUGGGAUCCUACCCUCGACUGAGAGAAGAGACGGAGAGGAUCGUCACCACCUAUGUCAGAGAGAGAGACGGCAAGACCAAAGACCAGGUGCUGCUGUUGAUUGACAUUGAGCUUUCCUACAUCAACACUAAUCACGAGGACUUCAUUGGAUUUGCCAAUGCUCAGCAAAGGACGACCGCUAACGCCACCAAGAAGAGAGUGAUGCCCAAUCAGUCUGACAUACCGUGGGAUGCGGAGAAGGUGAUCCGCAGAGGCUGGCUCACGAUCAACAUCAGUAUCAUGAAGGGGGGGUCCAAGGACUACUGGUUCGUCCUGACCGCCGAGUCUUUAUCCUGGUACAAAGACGAGGAGGAGAAAGAGAAGAAGUACAUGCUGCCUCUCGACAACCUGAAGCUGAGAGACGUGGAGAAGGGCUUCAUGUCCAGCAAACAAGUCUUUGCCAUCUUCAAUACCGAACAGCGAAAUGUGUAUAAAGACCUGCGUCAGAUUGAGCUGGCAUGUGACACCCAGGAGGAUGUUGACAGCUGGAAGGCGUCGUUCCUCAGAGCCGGUGUUUACCCAGAGAAAGACCAGCCUGAGAGCGAGGACGCGUUGAACCCCAGCGACACCGUGUCCAUGGACCCGCAGCUGGAGCGGCAGGUGGAGACCAUCCGCAACCUGGUGGACUCGUACAUCGGCAUCGUCAACAAGUCCAUCCGAGACCUCAUGCCCAAGACCAUCAUGCACCUCAUGAUCAACAGUGCGAAGGACUUCAUCCACUCUGAGCUGCUGGCCUACCUGUACUCGGCCGUGGACCAGGGCAGUCUGAUGGAGGAGUCGCCAGAGCAGGCUCAGAGGAGGGAUGAGAUGCUGAGGAUGUAUCACGCUUUGAAAGAGGCGCUGGUCCUCAUCGGAGACAUCACCACCACCACUAUUUCUACCCCAGUGCCUCCACCAGUCGAGGACAAGAUGCCCAAGGACCCAAGUCCCCCGCCGGCGUCCCGCCCCGCCGCAGCGACAGCGGCCCCUCCCAGCCGGCCCCCGGGGGUGAGGGGCCCCACCCCGGGCCCUCCGCCCCCUCUCAACCCCUCGCCGGCAUUCGGAGCGCCGCCCGUGCCUUCGCGACCGCCGGGCCAAGCGGCCUACGCAGGCGAUCCUAACUCUAGUAUUAUGCCUCUUGUCCCUUCCAGGCCGGCCCGCGUGCCUCCUGCACUGCCGCCCGGGAUCCCCAGAAGACCUCCGGCUGCUCCCCACCGACCCACUGUCAUACGUCCGUCAGAGCCCUCCCUGCUUGACUAGAAACCUCUCUUUGUUUACACGUUUAUAUUUCUUUACAUAGAAAUCAUCAUUUUUCAUGAAUAUUCCUAUAACUAGAAACUGUGUCAUACUGUAACUGUAAUCUGAUGCUGUUUCCGUCUGUGCAUUUCAAAAACAUUAUACAUGUACUUUUGACUUCAUGUGUAGGUAGCUUUUUUUAACAAAGAAUAUUAUGUUUUCUGCAUUCAGCAUUAUGAAAAGGGAUCUCUUUGAUGAUGUUAUGAUUAUGAACCAGAAAGUCAUCUUUGGCCGUUUCAUUUAAAAUGAAAUGUGUCUUAAAACGAAUUAGAACUUUUAUAUGAUGGUAAGAAAACUAUUAUAGUGUUUUUGUGAGUCGUAUACUUGCUAACGUUUUGUCCGUAACCUUACACACUAAGCACCUCAUUGAGUAAGCAGCACUUUUCGAUAGUCUUUUCUUUCGUCCUCGUUGGUUGAUUUUGCCAAAGCUUUCAAAUGAGCAUAUUAAAUUCACACUGACCAAUGGAAUUUGUAUUUCAGUGUUUCUCUCGUGGACCAAUUAAAAUGAGCCAGAGGAGGAGGAGGAGGAGGGGUGCACAAGUGUCUUACUGAUAAUGAUGCAGUAGUUCAGGACAAUGACCUCCAACCACUGCUCAUUCUUAAAGAAACAUUACAUAUAUUUUUCGUAAUUAGUCCACCUUUAAAAAAAAAAACUUUCAAAAAAGACGCCAUAAUGAAAGAAAAGGCUCAUGCUCAGACGGUGUAUGAAGUGAUGGACUCAAUAAAGGGAUAGAAAAAGG